GUAGAUUAUGGAUUUAUGUCUCAGAUCAAACAGAUUUUCAUUUUUAUGAAAUGUAUUAUUUUAGAAGUAUUAAGUGUUUUUACUUAAAUUUUUACUCACCAAAUCAAGAUUAUAAUAAUUUUAAUUGAAUCAUUCGUUUUCUUUAAUAUAUAAUUAUCUUAUAACAACCGACUAAACUAAUACACCAAAGUUAUUAAUCUUAGUUUGCUUAAAUAUAUUUUCAAAUCAUUAUUUUGUCCACUUCAUUAGUUUGUUGUAAAAGUAUUUUAAAAUAUAUUUCGUUAUAUUCAUAAAAUAGAAAAAACAGUAAAAUGUCUCAUAGAACCUCUUGUUUCCAACUAAAUGAUUUAUUUCCAAGAGAAAUUGACAUAGAAGUAUGUUUAAAGACACUAAAAAUCUUUCAAAAGUUGGAAGGUGAUGUUAAUUGUGUUGUAUGGGAUGCUUCCCUUGUUCUUGCAAAAUACCUUGAAACAAUGUGUCAACAUAAAGCUGACUUUUUGAGUGGUAUAAAGGUAUUAGAAUUGGGAUCUGGAUUGGGAGUUGUUGGGCUUACAGCAGCAACAUUAGGGGCUCAAGUUACACUUACAGACUUACCUGAAGCUCUACCUUUACUUCGUUUGAAUAUAUCGGAAAAUAAACAGAAAAUUGUUAGUAUGGGAGGAUAUGCAAUAGCUGAGUCUUUAGUGUGGGGUGACAAAAAUUCUGAAAUUCAUAAACAAGAAUUUGAUAUGAUUGUUUUAGCUGAUUGUGUUUAUUAUGAAGAUGCAAUCGACCCUCUUAUAGAAACCCUACAAUGCCUAAAUAACACAAUAAAUAAGAAACCAACUAUAUAUUUAACUCAGGAAUUAAGAGAUUCAGAUAUUCAAAAGAAGCUAUGGGAUGUGUUUUAUGAGAAGCUUACUGAAUUUUUCUAUAUUGAAAAAAUACCAGAAGAACAGCAACAUGUUAAUUACAGAAGUUCAGAUAUACUAUUAUUAAAAAUUAUAAAAAAAUGAUA